UUGCUAGUUGCUCCUGUCUGCCUGCCUUGCCUUGCCUCGACCGGCUUAUUUAUGGGGCCUGCCGUCCGACACCUCCUCCACAGAUUACCGACAAGCUUCUCACUCUACUACGCCAACCACCAUACUUGACUAUCGUCACCACACCCAUCUUCACUUUACGUCCAACCACGAAUCAAUAAACCAACCAUGGUCCCCAUCACCCAGCACGAGAGACCCAAAACCGACUAUGAGCGAUGGCUCGAAGCCCAAAACGGAGGUGCCCCGGCCGGCGAUCAAGCACAGUAUCAUCCGCCCAGUCCCGAUUCCGACAAGGCAGACACAUCGUCGGCUGAGUCGGGGAGUGGAUAUAAACACUCACAUGGGAUGUUCUUGCAUCACACAAGUCAUCACCAGAGUGCAGCUACGGCUCACGGACGUGGUGUUGGCGUAGGUGGACUGCAUGGACCGCAUGGACUGUUACAUGGGGUUCUUCCGGGUUACUACGGGAUGGUGGCGAUGAAGGUGGCGGUGCUGGCACUGUUGGUGGUGGUUUUCCUACGGGUGGGAAGAUUUUUGAAGGGGAAGCGCUGUCGUCAAUGUCAGGGUCAGGGUCCAAGGACACCGCAGGUCGGGGGUCUUGGGAUGGAUUUGGAGAAGAAGUAUUUGGUUUGACCUGGAGGGUCUGUGACACUAGUUGGGUUUGAGGCUGUGGUGCGUUUCCGGGCUUUGGAGUUGGGCGUUUUAGCACGAUUAUGUACACAAUCUUGUACUAUUUAUCAUAAGCACUUUGUUAGAAUGAAAGUGUUGGUUCAUUGGCGUUCUUAGGUUUAAGUGGACUUGAUUUCACUCUAUUCAUAGACUGCUGCUGCUGCACAUGGUCGGAGAAACCACCCCUUUGACAGGGUCCAACCCCCCGAGAAAGCCCACGAACAGGACAAAAUAACCCGCACCUCCACCCAGGGCCAUGCAGGUGCUGGCUGGUCUGGCUGGUCCA